UCAUCAGAGGAGGAGGCGGCGACAUCAUCAGAGGAGACGUCUGCGGGGACGUCAUCAGAGGAGACGUCUGCGGGGACGUCAUCAAAGGAGACGUCUGCGGGGACGUCAUCAGAGGAGACGUCUGCGGGGACGUCAUCAGAGGAUACGUCUGCGGGGAUGUCAUCAGAAGAGACGUCUGCGGGGACAUCAUCAGAAGAGACGACUGCGGGGACGUCAUCAGAAGAGACGUCUGCGGGGACGUCAUCAGAGGCGGCGGCGACGUCAUCAGAGGCGGCGGUGACGUCAUCAGAGGCGGCGGCGACGUCGGACACGUCGUCAUCAGAGGCGACGACUCCCUCCGUGUUUCUCCUUGUCUCCAGGUUCCCUACAUGCAGUGUUGGGCUCCUGCAGAAGGAAACAUGGCAUUUAAUAUGGCAUAGACCCAAUCCCAAUACUCACAUUUCCACCCUUGCACCCUUCAAUUUGGCGAUCCCGACCAGGGUUGCGAACUUGGGUGAAGGUUAUUACCCAUAA